AUGGCUACUGAAAGACCCGUCAACUUCUUGAGCGGAUCUCCGCUGAAUAGGCUAUCAUGGAUGCGCGACUCCGCUAUCUUCCUGGACACCCUUGCAGCAUCUCCUAAAGCUCGCUGGGUCGCCUUCCAGGCUGGUUCACCUCUGACAGCGUACCAGUCCUCUAAGAGUGCCCUCGUUGCCUUCCCCACCGCCGAUGUACGGCCGUUCAUAGGAGAGGCUCCUUUGUUUGGUCAAGGAAAGGUCAAGGGCGAGCGUUCGACGGAGAAGGCUUCCGUGCUCGAGUCUGCCCGCUUCUUCGGCGCUCGCAUCGUAUUCAUCGGUGUGCUGGAGAGCGGGGAGAACGAUUUCGGGAGAAUAGAGGACGCAGAGGCGGCUGCAAAUGCGCUGAACGGGUCACCAUACUUCUCAGUCGACCUGACUGACGAGGAUCAGAGCGCUGUCGAUGCAUUGCUGGAGAGGGCGCGUGCGGCGCACCCUGGCGCAAACGUGUCGUUCGCAGAGCCCCGAUCUGCCAUUCGCGGGAUGACCGCCGAAGAUGCAGCCACAUUUGCUGUUGGGCGCUCGAUGCUAGACUGGAAUUCGCGCAACCGCUUCUGCUCCGCAUGCGGACAACCGACACACUCUGUCUGGGGUGGAUGGAAGCGCGCCUGUUCAUCUCUUGUUCCUUGGGCCGAUAACGGUGAUCGCAAGCCAUGCCCGACUUCAAAAGGUCUGCAUAACGUCAACCAUCCACGAACAGAUGCUGCCAUUAUCGUUGCCAUCACGAACGAGACGAACGACAAGAUCUUGCUCGGCCACAAUAAGAAGUUCCCUGGCAACUUCUACAGUACGCUGGCGGGUUUCCUGGAACCAGGAGAAUCAUUCGAGGACUGUGUCAAACGUGAGAUCCUCGAGGAAGCCGGCGUGCACGUAUACAAUGUUCGCUAUCAUUCUGCGCAGCCUUGGCCAUACCCUUCCAGCAUUAUGGUCGGCUUCGUAGCUGACGCAGACCCUAACGAGCCGAUCCGCACAGACCUCGACAACGAGCUCGCGGAUGCUCGGUGGUACACGCGCGAGGAGGUCCUCUCCGUGCUGAACCACGCAGACGGCACCAACAUCUCAAGGCGGGAGUACAAACGUAUCGAUGACAACAUCAAUGGGCAAUCGAACGUAGCCAACAAGAAUGGACCGCCUCCCACUGAAGGUGCUGACGCGCAGGCGGCAAGUGCACAGGAAGCAUCCGCCGCCAGUGCUGGGCCGGACCCGGCCAAGAUCGACGAGCCUCUCUUCCGUUGUCCACCCAUGACCACAAUUGCUGGCGUUCUCAUCAGCGACUGGGCGCACGGUCGGUUCCCGGCAUCGCCGAGCGCAAACUUGUGA